AUGGUUCACGGCGGCGAGGAGGCGCUGAUGCGGCAGUACGCCAUCGGCGACGAGAUCGGGCGCGGCCGCUUCGGCACGGUGCGCCGCUGCAUCUCCAACGCCACGGGGGAGGCGCUGGCCCUGAAGACGACGCCCAAGGCGCCGCUGCGUGACCCGCUCGACCUGGCGCUCGCGGAGCAGGAGCCCAAGCUGCACCUCCUCGCCUCCUCCCCGCCAUGCAGCCCGCACCUGGUCGCGCUCCACGCCGCCUUCGACGACGCGGACGCCGUGCACCUCGUCGUCGACCUCUGCGCCGGCGGGGACCUCUUUACCCUCCUCUCCGCCCGCGGAGGCCGUCUGCCAGAGCGCGAGGCGGCUGGGCUAGCAGCGCAGCUGGCGUCCGCGCUCGCGGCCUGCCACCGCCGCGGGGUCGCGCACCGCGACGUCAAGCCCGAUAACCUGCUCUUCGACGCCGCCACGGGCGCGCUCAAGCUCGCCGACUUCGGCUCCGCGGAGUGGUUCGGGGACGGGCGCCGCAUGUCGGGCCUCGUCGGCACGCCAUACUACGUGGCGCCCGAGGUGGUGGCCGGGAGGGAGUACGGCGAGAAGGUGGACGUGUGGAGCGCCGGGGUGGUGCUCUACGUGAUGCUCUCCGGCACCGUGCCCUUCUACGGCGCCACCGUCCCGGAGAUCUUUGAGGCCGUGCUCCGCGGCAACCUGCGCUUCCCGCCGCGCGCCUUCGCCGGCGUCUCGCCGGAGGCCAAGGACCUGAUGCGCCGCAUGCUCUGCAAGGACGUCUCCCGCAGGCUCUCCGCCGAACAAGUCCUGAGGCAUCCGUGGAUCGCGAGCUGCGGGAGUGAUGCGGUGGCGGGCUGAAGAAAUCGAUCGACCGAAAUGGUGCAACUCAUCAUGCUCUAGAUAGAAGGUUUUCUGCACAGACGUAUGAGGCGGGCCUCACUUUCUGCCUGGUUAAUCUCCGGCAAAUCGGCGACGGACAGAAGCAGCGGUGGUGCCAGAGUUGAGUCCAGUCAGUAGAACUAGCGGCCUCUGGUAGCGAUCUUCGGUGCUUGCACAAAACUCUUACUAGUUCGUCACCAGAUGAACACCAACUAACAUGUUAAUUCUGUUGAAAUUUGGAUGUGGGCCUUAGGCCCAUUAGAGAAUUUCAAAAAAUCUACAAGGGCCCAUGUAGGUGGUGGCAUG